AUGGAUGGAGUUGAACGCAGUGGCAAAGUCAACAAAGCAGAUGGCCGUUGGUUGUUGGUAGCAAUGGCGGAAUUCAAGGAUCCGUCCCAGUGUGAAUAUCUGAUCUACACAUCCACGCCCAGCGCGAAAUCCGGCCUGGUUGGCUCGCGUCCUGGAGUCGUGCACAGACUUGAACCGCCUGAGGAGAACAAUGGCGAAGAUUUUCGGUAUGCCGCGGUAGUUCUCACAUUUUGUCUUGUUUCCGUUCUUGUGAGCAGGCACAAGGAUGCCUGA